UGGACCGGGCCACUCCAGGCCGGGCCGAGCCGCGCCGUGGCGGAGAGAGCUCCGGGCGGGGGGAAAUUGGAGCCCGUGCCCCGCAAGCCGAGAGGAGUGGGAGGAUUUGGCGAGGCCGUGGGACCAGCCCCAGCCUCGGGACGGGCGGGACUGGCGGGACGGGCUUGGGGGCCGGAGGAGAAAACCCGGGAGGCCGGAAGCGGAGCUGGGGGUCUGCAGGAGGAUGGGCGGUGAAUAGGGACACUGGAAGCAGGAGAGUGAAUGAAUGGGGGGAUACUGAUAGCAGAGUGGGGAGGGAAAUAAAGGGGGUCUGGCGAGGCAGGGGUCAAGUUAGGGAGCCCAGGAGACAGGAUAUGCACGGAUGGGGGACACAGGCAGCAAGGAGAAAGGGAACAAACGGCGGACUAGAGAGGCAGAACUGGGGAAUCCAGGAGAGAGGGGACGGACAGGAGAGGGUUCAUGGGAAAGAGGCUUGGAAGAAAAGGGUAGAAGGCUUCAUGAGGUGGCCUUUUAGAGUUGAGGAGUCAUACCGACUCAUGCCCAGACUGGAGACCUAGUUCCCAGUCUGUCCUUGGGAAUUGCCAGGGCCAGGAGUAGUUUCCUUGCCACGAACGGAGGGAUUGGACCCUCGGGGCCCUCUUUGAGAUUCUACCCAGAGAAGACUUAAAUGCCUGUCUCUGGAGUGCCUCUCUUGGGCCCAUAAGCUUAGCCUCUGACUCCACCCCCUUGCCAUAGCGUCAGACACAGCAGUCAUUCCCAGAGAUCUGUCUGAACUGCGGACAUGUGGUCUUCCCCGCCCCACUGCGGCUGCUGCACUUCAGGCGGCCAGCCUCCUGGAACAGAGCCUCCUCCCAUCCCAUCAUCCCGGCAUCUGGGAGGACCUUUUUUCCCUGGGUCCCAAGUCAUCCUGCCUGAGGUGCCUCCUCCAGAUUCUCAAACCCGAUUGGCAGUGCAGCUCCUGGCUCUGGUGGCUUUGCCCAGGGUUGAGCUGAGAUGGCUCAAGCCUGACAUUCCACAAUCCAGGAUCCUGACGGGCACACACAGGCUGCUGCUGUGGCUGCUGUGAAUGACUUAAAACCAGGAGGCAAUCCGGAGCUGAGAGUCGAGGCAUUCCCUCUGCCUGGAUGUGUGGGAACUCCUUGCCAACUUGAUUGGCGGAUCCUGGGGGGGAUCCACCCCCACCCCUGGAGGAAAGCACAGUCUAUUUCGUGGGCAGAGCUUCAGGUGCAGCCGGUUGAAGGAUGGCCACCCCGGUGGUCACCAAGACAGCCUGGAAGUUGCAGGAGAUUGUUGCCCACGCCAGCAAUGUGUCCUCACUGGUACUGGGCAAAGCCUCCGGGCGGCUGCUGGCUACUGGUGGAGAUGACUGCCGUGUCAACCUGUGGUCCAUCAACAAACCCAACUGCAUCAUGAGCCUGACAGGUCACACGUCCCCAGUGGAGAGCGUCCGCCUCAACACCCCGGAGGAGCUCAUUGUGGCCGGCUCCCAGUCGGGCUCCAUCCGCGUCUGGGACCUAGAAGCUGCCAAAAUUCUUCGCACACUUAUGGGACACAAAGCCAACAUCUGCAGCCUGGAUUUCCACCCGUACGGCGAGUUCGUAGCCUCAGGUUCCCAGGACACGAACAUCAAGCUCUGGGACAUCAGGAGGAAAGGUUGUGUCUUCCGAUACAGGGGACACAGCCAGGCUGUGCGGUGUCUGCGGUUCAGCCCCGACGGGAAGUGGUUGGCAUCGGCCGCAGAUGACCACACAGUGAAGCUCUGGGAUCUGACUGCUGGCAAGAUGAUGUCCGAGUUUCCUGGUCACACGGGACCUGUCAACGUGGUGGAGUUUCACCCCAAUGAGUACCUCCUGGCUUCUGGCAGCUCUGACAGGACCAUCCGAUUCUGGGAUCUGGAGAAGUUCCAGGUGGUGAGCUGCAUCGAAGGAGAGCCAGGGCCUGUCAGGAGCGUCCUCUUCAACCCCGAUGGCUGCUGCCUGUACAGUGGCUGCCAGGACUCUCUGCGCGUCUAUGGCUGGGAGCCCGAGCGCUGUUUUGACGUGGUCCUGGUCAGCUGGGGCAAGGUGGCCGACCUGGCUGUCUGCAACGACCAGCUGAUAGGUGUGGCCUUCUCCCAGAGCAACGUCUCCUCUUAUGUGGUGGACCUGACGCGGGUCACCAGGACAGGCACCGUGGCCCAGGACCUUGUGCAGGACAGCCGGCCCCUGGCGCAACAGUCAGCCCACCCUAGUGCCCCGCUUCGGCGCAUCUAUGAGCGGCCCAGCACGGCCUGCAGCAAGCCGCAGAGGGUGAAGCAGAACUCGGAGAGCGAGCGCCGUAGCCCUAGCAGCGAGGAUGACCGGGACGAGCGGGAGUCUCGGGCCGAGAUCCAGAACGCCGAGGAGUACAAUGAGAUCUUCCAGCCCAAGAACAGCAUCAGCCGGACACCACCCCGAAGAAGUGAGCCCUUCCCGGCACCCCCCGAGGACGACACGGCCACAGCCAAGGAGGCGGCAAAGCCCAGCCCACCCAUGGACUCGCAGUUCCCGGUGCCAAAUCUCGAGGUCCUGCCCCGGCCCCCGGUCGUCACUCCCACUCCUGCACCCAAGGCCGAGCCAGCCAUCAUCCCUGCCACCCGGAAUGAGCCCAUUGGGCUGAAGGCCUCUGACUUCCUGCCCGCCGUGAAGAUCCCCCAGCAGGCGGAGCUGGUCGACGAGGACGCCAUGUCGCAGAUCCGCAAAGGCCACGACACCAUGUGCGUGGUACUCACCAGCCGCCACAAGAACCUGGACACCGUGCGGGCCGUGUGGACCACGGGUGACAUCAAGACGUCGGUGGACUCAGCCGUGGCUAUCAAUGACCUGUCGGUGGUCGUGGACCUCCUCAACAUUGUCAACCAGAAAGCCUCCCUGUGGAAGCUGGACCUGUGCACCACGGUCUUGCCGCAGAUCGAGAAGCUUCUGCAGAGCAAAUAUGAGAGCUAUGUCCAGACUGGCUGCACCUCCCUGAAGCUGAUCCUGCAGCGGUUUCUGCCCCUGAUCACUGACAUCCUGGCGGCCCCGCCAUCUGUGGGUGUGGACAUCAGCCGGGAGGAGAGGCUACACAAGUGCCGGCUCUGCUACAAGCAGCUGAAGAGCAUCAGUGGCCUCGUCAAGAGCAAGUCGGCUCUGAGUGGCCGCCACGGCAGUGCCUUCCGCGAGCUGCACCUACUCAUGGCCAGUUUGGACUGAGGAGCUCUUGGGUCUGGCCUCAGCCCCCACUCCUGUUCCCUGUGCACUCCUGGGCCCGUGAGCCUCUGCCUGGCCUCUGCUGCAGCCCUGCGGCCAUCCUGGAGGUGGUGGCGCUGGCCCACUGGCCACCUGCACAGCCCUGAGCUCUCAGACAACUUCUCCCCAGCAGUGGUUGCCCAGCUUUGCCAACUCCCGCUUCUUGGGGCAGCAGAGAGCGCCCUGGGGCUGCUGCUGUAAUUUAUAAGGCGGAUUUUAUUAAAUUUGUAACUAUU